GCUCCUCCCCAGGCAGCAGCGGGAGCGGCCACGCCCUGUGCGCCGAACCGGCCUCGGGUGGGGACUUGGCUCUGUUCAGCUUGCGCGCCGCGGGCCCCUUACAGCCAGGCCUCGCGCCCGAUCAGCCCUCGGCCCCCCUGACCUCCCUCGGCUGGGCUGGCCCGCGCCUCCCGGACCAUGCUGCGCUGGCUGCGGGGCUUCGUGCUGCCCGCGGCGGCCUGCCAGGACGCGGAGCCGCCGACGCGCUACGAGACCCUCUUCCACAAGCUUGACCGCAACGGGGACGGCGUGGUGGACAUCUGCGAGCUGCAGGAGGGGCUCAAGAGCCUGGGCAUCCCCCUGGGCCAGGACGCCGAGGAGAAAAUUUUUACUACUGGUGAUGUCAACAAAGAUGGAAAGCUGGAUUUUGAAGAAUUUAUGAAGUACCUUAAAGACCAUGAGAAACAAAUGAAAUUGGCAUUUAAGAGUUUGGACAAAAAUAAUGAUGGAAGAAUUGAGGCUUCUGAAAUUGUCCAGUCUCUCCAGAUACUAGGUGUAACUAUUUCUAAACAACAAGCAGAGUUGAUUCUUCAAAGCAUCGAUGCUGAUGGGACGAUGACAGUGGACUGGAAUGAAUGGAGAGACUACUUCUUAUUUAACCCUGUUACAGACAUUGAGGAAAUUAUCCGUUUCUGGAAACAUUCUACUGGUAUUGACAUAGGAGAUAGUUUAACUAUUCCAGAUGAAUUCACGGAAGAUGAAAAGAAGUCGGGGCAGUGGUGGAGGCAGCUUUUGGCAGGAGGUGUUGCCGGUGCCAUCUCUCGAACAAGCACUGCCCCUUUGGAUCGUCUGAAAGUCAUGAUGCAGGUCCAUGGUUCAAAAUCAGAGAAAAUGAACAUAUAUGGCGGCUUUCGACAGAUGGUCAAAGAGGGAGGUAUCCGCUCGCUUUGGAGAGGAAAUGGUACAAAUGUCAUUAAAAUUGCUCCUGAGACAGCUGUUAAGUUCUGGGCAUAUGAACAGUACAAGAAGUUGCUUACUGAAGAAGGACAAAAAGUAGGAACCUUAGAGAGAUUCGUUUCUGGUUCCAUGGCUGGAGCAACUGCACAGACAUUUAUUUAUCCUUUGGAGGUUCUGAAAACCAGGCUGGCUGUAGGCAAAACUGGACAAUACUCUGGGAUGUUUGAUUGUGCCAAGAAGAUUUUGAAACAUGAAAAAAUGGGAGCUUUUUACAAAGGUUAUGUUCCCAAUUUAUUAGGCAUCAUACCUUAUGCAGGUAUAGAUCUUGCUGUGUAUGAGCUCUUGAAGUCCCAUUGGCUAGAUAAUUUUGCCAAAGACUCUGUAAACCCUGGAGUCAUGGUGCUGCUGGGAUGUGGUGCCUUAUCCAGCACCUGUGGUCAGCUGGCCAGCUAUCCCUUGGCUUUGGUGAGAACACGCAUGCAGGCUCAAGCCAUGGUAGAAGGAACCCCACAGCUGAACAUGGUUGGGCUCUUUCGACGAAUAAUUUCUAAAGAAGGAUUACCAGGACUUUACAGAGGCAUCACCCCAAACUUUAUGAAGGUGCUUCCUGCUGUAGGCAUCAGUUAUGUGGUUUACGAAAAUAUGAGACAAACUUUAGGAGUAACUCAGAGCUGAAUUUUUUGCUUUAGCAUGAUUAUGGAAACUUCCAACCAUCUCCAGAGUGACCUUUUCUCCUAGAAUUGCAACAAGUCCAUGGCAAAAAGAAGCUGUAUUUUUUUUUCACAAAAGGGAAGAGCAUAUCAUUGGUAACUUCAAACAUUUGGACUCAAUUUUAUACAUUCAGAAAUGCUAAAAAUCAUUGUUUUGAUGAGCUCAUACAGUUUUGAAAAGGCAAUAAAAUUAUAUUUUUUCUUAUUGGUCCUUUCUACAAAUCUCUGCCUGGAAUUCUAAAUCUGAAAAAAUGUACUUGCUUGAACUAAAUUUGCUUUGUGUGAAUUAUAAAUCUUUGAUCUUUA